AUGGCCCCAGCUAAUGGCCCUCGGAAUGGCAAGCCUGCGAAGCCAUCUCACCGGACCGGCAAUUUGAAGCGCAAACGCGUACAAGAAGAUCUCUCAUCGCUCGUUCAACGUGUUGAAGAUCUCGACCUGAAAGGAAAAUUCGAAUCCUUCUCCGAUCUACCACUUUCAGAACCGACGCUCUCCGGUCUUACAUCCUCUCACUUCAAGACCCUGACCGACAUUCAAUCCCGCGCGAUCAGCCAUGCUCUCAAGGGCCGCGACGUCCUCGGCGCCGCCAAAACAGGAAGCGGAAAAACGCUCGCCUUCCUCGUCCCCAUUCUCGAGAACCUAUACCGCAAGCAGUGGUCCGAGCACGACGGCCUGGGCGCCCUGAUUAUUUCUCCGACCCGCGAGCUCGCCAUCCAGAUCUUCGAGGUGCUCCGCAAAAUUGGCCGAUAUCAUACAUUCUCCGCCGGGUUGGUUAUCGGAGGCAAGAGUCUGCGCGAGGAGCAGGAGAGACUAGGGCGGAUGAACAUCCUUGUUUGUACGCCGGGUCGGAUGCUGCAGCAUCUAGACCAGACGGCGUUUUUCGAGACCCAUAAUUUGCAGAUGCUCGUGCUGGAUGAGGCGGAUCGGAUUAUGGAUAUGGGAUUCCAGAAGACCGUGGAUGCUAUCGUCGGACACCUGCCGCCUGAGCGCCAGACGCUUCUGUUCAGUGCGACACAGACAAAAAAGGUUUCAGAUUUGGCACGAUUGAGUCUGCAGGAUCCGGAGUAUGUCUCUGUGCACGAAGCUGCGUCUUCUGCUACGCCAUCGAAGCUGCAACAGCAUUACGUUAUCACGCCACUUGCGCACAAGCUGGAUACGCUAUGGAGUUUCAUUCGCAGUAACUUGAAGGCGAAGACGAUUGUGUUCUUCUCCUCGGGAAAGCAGGUUCGUUUUGUUUACGAGUCUUUCCGACACAUGCAGCCCGGUAUUCCUCUUCUACAUCUCCACGGCCGUCAGAAACAGGGUGGUCGACUCGAUAUUACAACUCGUUUCUCACAAGCACAGCACGCUGUCCUUUUCUCUACUGAUGUGGCCGCUCGUGGUUUGGAUUUCCCCGCUGUGGACUGGGUUAUUCAAGUGGACUGCCCCGAGGAUGCGGAUACAUAUAUUCAUCGAGUCGGACGAACAGCAAGAUAUGAACGCGAUGGACGUGCUGUUCUAUUCCUCGACCCCAGCGAAGAGAAAGGAAUGCUCCGGCGCCUCGAGCAUAAGAAAGUCACAGUUGAACGAAUCAACGUCAAAGCCAACAAGCAGCAAAGCAUUAAAAACCAGCUACAGAACAUGUGUUUCAAGGAUCCCGAGCUGAAGUAUCUUGGGCAAAAAGCAUUUAUCUCAUACGUGAAGUCUGUCUACGUGCAGAAAGACAAAGAGACAUUCAACCUUAAAGAACUCAAGCUGGAUGAUUUCGCGGGCAGCUUAGGUCUACCUGGUGCCCCUCGCAUCAAGUUCAUCAAGGGAGACGAUACAAAGGAACGCAAGAACGCACCGAGAGCUACAGCCUACGCUUCUAGCGACGACGACUCGGACGAGGACGGAGAGGAGAAGAAGAAGAAGCCGAAGGAGAAGGAAGUCCGCACCAAGUACGACAGAAUGUUCGAACGACGAAACCAGGACGUGCUGGCGGAGCACUACUCGAAACUUAUCAAUGACGACGGCACAAUAGCCGAGCCAAGCAAGGGUACCGCUGACGCUGAUGAAGACGACGACUUCCUCUCCGUCAAGCGCCGCUUCGAAGCCGGCGACGAUGAUCUCGCUGUAGGAAGCAGCUCCGACUCGGGCUCCGACGGCGGUGUUUCCAUUCCCGAGGCAGACGGUGCAAAGACAGAGGGCGCCAAGGUCGUGAAAAUCAGCGACAAAGAUACACUCGUUAUCGACUCGAAACGCCGCGAGAAACUCCUCAAAUCGAAGAAGAAAUUACUCAAAUUCAAGGGCAAGGGCACGAAACUCAUCUACGACGACGAUGGAAAUGCCCACGAGAUUUACGAAAUGGAAGACGAAGAAGCCUUCAAGGCUCGCGGCGACGCGAAGGAACAACAAGCCCGCUUCCUGGCGGAGGAGACGCAACGCACUCAGGCCGCAGAUUUGGAAGACAAGGCUCUCGCGAAACAGAAGAAGCGCGAAAAGAAGGAGAAGCGGAAGGCCAGGGAGCGUGAACUUUUCGCUGAGGAGGAACGGGAGGAGCGUGUUGCCCAGCUUGCGCCAUACGAGGGCGAUCAGGAUAUGGAUGAGCCCUACUCAUCAGAGGGAGAAGAGGAAGUGGAGGUACCUCGCCCGAGCAAGAAGGCCAAGACACAGAAAGAGGAGGCGGUGCCCUGGUACAAGCAGCAAAAGAAGAAGCCUGCAGAGGAGAAGCGGAUUCAGACUCUGGAGGAUUUGGAGUCUUUGGCGACAGGGCUGUUGGGCUAA